GAUGAAGAAACGUUUUUAUAUAGGCCUUUUCUUUCUAAUUGAAUCGGCUUUCAACGAUCAACAACUAAGGGCGCCCUCCUACAAUUACGUAAAUGGAAUCUUCAAAGCCGAAAGUGAAAUUGUCAAACAUGUUGUCUACAAAGACAAAAUCCUAUUGGGCUUGGAAGGUAAUAUUACAGUCAUAGACCAAAAACUACGGUACAGUUAUAGCGUCCGAUCGAACCCGGAUAGUACAUCGUCAGAAGAAUGCUAUCCGAAAAGCAUGAUCGUUUAUAGUGAAGGGAGAGAAUUGAUCUUAUGUUGUACAUCUAAUAAGGGUAGUUGUCACAAGAGGAAAUUGAACGGCAGAUUGUCGUUGAGCGAUGACUACGCUAAGAGCGAGGGUGAAAUUGUACCCUGGACUAAAAAUAGUAGCUGUUUAAUGGUUAUAGCAAAAGGACCUGGUUCACGAACGUACGCUUAUGUAGCUAACACGUUACCACAAGAUACUGAUGUUCAACUCUCAGUUGUCAGCCGUAGGAAUUUGGAAAACUUUCAAAUAGUCUCCGGCAGCUUUUUCUUUGAUCGCCCCGUUCUGCAAGCAAAGAAAUACAAUGAUCCCAAUGCCGAUACAUUCGAAGAACGUAAUAUACACUUCUGGUACAUUAAAACCUUUACAGCCUUUAAUUUUGUGCAUUUUUUGGUUGUGGAACCUCUUCGAUUAUCUAGCUAUAAUGUGUUCGUCACUAGAAUACAAAGGAUUUGUAUGCAGAAUAAAAACUUUAAUACACACGCUGAAUUGGACUUAAAGUGUUAUUAUAAUGGAACGGAACAUAAUAUUGUAACAUCUGCCUAUAUUGGCCGUGGAGGUGAAAAGCUUCAAAAGUAUCUAGAACUACCUCAUGUAGAACCGUUCUCAGAUGAUGCCCUUGUAUUGUUUGCCACAUUUUCUAGAAGUGCACCUUUCUCUGCUGUCGAACAACCUGGUAGUGCCGUUUGUGCCUACAGACUAAGGGAUAUUCGUAAAUCUUUUACAAAAAAUAUAAAGGAGUGUUACAAUGGGAUAGGAACAUGGGGUCCUGAUUAUUUUACAAGUCAACCUCAAAAUUGUAUAGAGCAUCCAGAAAAAAUUGACGAUACGUCUUGUCCUAACAAGAACAAGCACAUACUUGGAACUCAACCCUUAGUUUCUACUACUCAACUUUACAUUCCCAAUCACAUCGUCUCCUCAAUCGCCGUAACAACCGUUGACAAACAUACAAUAGCUUUCAUGGGAACUAAAGCUGGCAUAAUUCUAAAGGUAAGCAUAUAG